AUGAAGAGUCCCUUCUUUCUGCGGCAGAUGUUCAGGUGCAGAAGCUGGCAAAAGCCUUCAGCAGCAGCCGUCAUUCCAAGGGAGGAGGUAUUACCCUGGCCGAAGGCACUACUUUUCUCUCCAUGCUUCUCUAGAGGUGUUCAGAUGGGAUUAAAGUCCACAUGGAGAUAUGGAAAUGGACCAGGAAUUUACUCUAAAAAGAUGGUCAGCUGGGAUUCGGGUUGCCUUAUCUGCCUGGUGGUGGUCACCAUGGCUGGACUUUCCCUGGCUCGACCUUCGUUCAAUUUAGUUGUUGAAGACGCGACGCUGGAACCUGAAGAGCCGCCAACCAAAUACCAAAUCUCUCAGCCAGAUGUAUAUUCAGCACUUCCAGGAGAACCACUUGAGUUGCGCUGUCAAUUGAAAGACGCCGUCAUGAUCAGUUGGACUAAGGAUGGGGUCCCUUUGGGGCCUGACAAUAGGACAGUGAUUAUUGGGGAAUACUUACAAAUUAAGGAUGCUACACCCAGAGAUUCGGGCCUCUAUGCUUGCACUGCUGUUAGGACCCUAGACAGUGAUACUCUGUACUUCAUUGUAAAUGUUACAGAUGCUCUUUCCUCUGGGGAUGAUGAAGACGACAAUGAUGGGUCUGAGGACUUUGUGAAUGACAGCAACCAGAUGAGGGCACCCUAUUGGACACAUACGGACAAAAUGGAGAAAAGGCUACAUGCGGUGCCAGCAGCAAACACCGUCAAGUUCCGUUGUCCCGCGAUGGGAAACCCAACACCAACCAUGCGAUGGCUGAAAAAUGGGAAGAGAAAAAAGAAAGAGUUUAAACAAGAGCAUCGUAUUGGCGGAUAUAAGGUCCGCAACCAGCACUGGAGUCUCAUCAUGGAGAGCGUGGUCCCGUCUGACAAAGGAAAUUAUACGUGCAUAGUGGAAAACCAGUAUGGAUCCAUCAAUCACACGUACCAUCUCGACGUCGUUGAGCGAUCGCCGCACAGGCCCAUCCUCCAAGCUGGCCUUCCAGCAAAUGCCUCUGCAGUCGUCGGCGGUGACGUCGAGUUUGUCUGCAAAGUCUACAGCGAUGCUCAACCUCACAUUCAGUGGAUAAAACAUGUAGAGAAGAAUGGCAGUAAAUACGGACCAGAUGGACUGCCGUAUCUUCAGGUUUUAAAGCAUUCGGGGAUAAAUAGUUCCAAUGCUGAAGUGCUGACACUGUACAAUGUGACAGAGGCGGACGCUGGAGAAUAUAUUUGUAAGGUCUCCAAUUAUAUAGGGGAGGCCAACCAGUCUGCCUGGCUCUCUGUUCUGCCAAGUAUACAAGCUCCCGAGAAAGAAAAAGAAUAUCCGACGUCUCCAGACUACCUGGAAAUAGCGAUUUACUGCAUAGGGGUCUUCUUAAUUGCCUGCAUGGUGCUGACAGUCAUCCUGUGCCGCAUGAAGAACACCACCAAGAAGCCCGACUUCAGCAGCCAGCCCGCUGUCCAUAAGCUGACAAAGCGAAUCCCUCUGCGCAGACAGGUGUCAGCCGACUCGAGCUCCUCCAUGAACUCCAACACACCUCUGGUGAGGAUAACUACUCGCCUCUCCUCUACUGCUGAUGCCCCCAUGCUGGCAGGAGUCUCGGAAUAUGAAUUGCCUGAAGACCCCAAAUGGGAGUUUCCAAGAGAUAAUUGGGAUCGACAUCCCCGUGUCUGUCUGUUACAGCUGAGGAGGUUUUGCGAGCAG